AUGAAUUUCUGGGACCUAUUCUUCUCUCUCGAAGUUCUCCUCUGCCUCUUCGGCUUCUGCUCACAAAUCGCAUUCAUCAAGAUCGUCGCCUUCCGAACCGGCAUCAGUAUCUAUGGUCGAAUCAAUCUAUUCUUCCUCUCCCUCGGCUACAUCACAAUUAUGCUCAGUUUUCUGAUGUUCAGCUCGAUGUGUCUCAUCAAUUUCGGAACGUAUUUGGAAGUUUUAGAGUGCGAUGAUGCUAAGCAAACUUUUUUGUGGAUUCACAGAUUCAGUGAAUUCCACGUGGUUGGAUUUCAUAGUAUGAUCAACAAUGAUCGUCGCAUCUUUUUGUUGAAACCUGGAUUGGGAAGUCUGAACCAUCGCAAGUACAUCAGCCCAGUCUUGAUCUUUCUGAACGUGAUUUUCAGUGGCAUCUACGCAACAGCAGUUGGAGGUCAGUAUUUGGAAAUGUCUAAAGAGUACUUCUUGGUAUUUUUCAGACCCAUCAACACGCGUCUUCGCCAACAUCACAAUAUUCUUCAUCAACAAUCUCAACAUGAUCUUCGAAGUAAAAUUAUACCGCCUCUCGAUGCGUGUCUUCACCCAAACACGUGGCACCAUCUCACUGGCACAGCGCUACGAAGUCACACUCUCAUUCAAAAUGAUCAAGUGCUUCCUGCCAGCUAUGACAACCAGCUUGAUUUUGAAGACUCUCACAUUCGGGAUGUAUUUAGCGCAUACCUUCCCAUCGGUUUAUGAGAACAUAGAUGUUCCGAAGUUCUACCUGGUUUUGAAUACGUUGUGGAAUAUCGAUUGCUCAAUGUUUCCCUGGUUUUUUAUAGUUCAAUUGAGCGCAAAAAGGGUCAAGGAGAAUAUUCAGCGGCAAUCGCAAAUUGAGUAUUUUCAAUCGUUGAAAAAUGCGUGGAUGUGA